AUGCCAUCUGCUUUUCAACCACAUCCAAAAUGUCAUACGCUUUUCUCUCCAUGUGGUACUGAGCAUGCCGAACCAUUUGACAAAGCUGUUAUUGAUUGGAUCACAGGAAAAAGAUCGGAUUCCAAUGAAAAAUUAUUUACUUUAGAUCAGAAAUUAUUAUAUGAUGAAGCAGGACCACACGAGGAAAUAGCUUUUAGUUGUGGCUAUUCAGACUCGUUGACAAUGCAAGGUAUUAGGAAAAAUGAAUAUAUUCAAAAUCUUACAUUGAAUCCAACUAAACCUGUUGAUUCUUCGGCAAAAUGGUUAUUAACAGAUUUCAUUUACCAUCAUCCAAGCUAUUAUGGAAUGAUGGCUGCUCUCUUUGUGAAAAAUACCGAUAUAAAUAUUGUUUGA